GUUUCUGUCCCUGAAGGAAAAUAUAAAUUUUAUUUUAAAUUUAUUUUUUUAAUUGUUGUUAAUUUAUAUAUUAUUACUAAAUCAGGUGCCGUAUGCUGAAACAAGCCCAGAUGUUCCUGAAAUCCUAUUUUUUCCUGAAAAUGGCUGAUGUUGACAAUACGUUGCCUAGAACCUGUUUAUCUCUUCUAUCAAACCUCAGUCCAUUCAUUGAAGGUUUUAGAUUUGCGCAGGCUGCUACAGAGCGUUCAAGGAAGGAUGAUUUUGAUGACUCUCUUCGUGACUUUCAGUUUGAAGAGUUCGACCCUAUGAAAGAAUUUCCAGUUAUUGAUCAAGAUUUUAGUAUUUUAGGAGUACGAAUUUUUGAUAAGAUUGACAAUAAGAAAGAAAAUCUACCUGAAAGUGCUGAACCACAAGAGCCUGCAGAAGUCAGUCCCUUGGUCAUAAGACGCUGUGAAUGCAAC